AUGUCAAACUACACUCAAUUAACACCAAACGAUGCUGCUGCAUCUACAGGUCCUGUUGCAACAGUUCUUUGUUGUAACUGUGGUGUUCCCAUGGAUGGUUCCCAAGGACUUGUAAUGUGUUAUGAUUGUAUAAAGUUAAAUGUUGAUAUCACCGAAGGUAUUCCAAGGGAGGCAAAUGUUUCAUUUUGCAGGAAUUGUGAAAGAUUUUUACAGCCCCCAGGACAAUGGAUCAGAGCCCAACUUGAAUCUAGAGAGCUUCUUGCCCUUUGUCUUAGACGUCUAAAAGGAUUAAACAAAGUCAGGUUGGUUGAUGCAUCAUUCAUAUGGACCGAGCCCCAUUCACGUAGAAUCAGAGUAAAACUUACUGUCCAGGGUGAGGCCAUGGCCAACACUAUAGUCCAACAAACAUUUGAGGUGGAGUAUGUCGUUAUUGCUAUGCAAUGUCCUGAUUGUGCCAAGUCGUACACCACAAAUACCUGGAGGGCAACUGUUCAAAUAAGGCAGAAAGUUCCACACAAAAGGACUUUUUUGUAUUUGGAACAGUUAAUUUUGAAGCAUAAUGCUCACAUGGACACAGUAUCGAUUCAAGAAACCAAGGACGGAUUGGAUUUCUUUUAUGCCCAAAAGAAUCACGCAGCCAAAAUGGUUGAUUUCUUGACUUCAGUUGCCCCAGUGAAGAUAAAGAAGUCAGAAGAGCUUGUUAGUACAGAUAUCCAUUCAGGGUCCUCUAGUUAUAAGUUUUCCUAUUCGAUUGAAAUAGCACCCAUUUGCCGUGAUGAUUUAGUGGUACUACCAAAGAAAUUGGCCAAUUCGAUGGGGAAUAUUUCAAGGUUGGUAUUGUGCAACAAGGUUAACAAUGCCAUGCAAUUUAUUGAUUUCAAUUCGUUACAAACUGCUGAUUUAUCUUCCCAGGUGUAUUGGAGAUCGCCUUUCCCCUCAUUGUUAGAUGCGACUCAGUUGAUUGAAUUUAUCGUCUUGGAUGUUGAACCUACUGGUGACAUGAAGGGCAAAUAUGUUUUGGCCGACGUUGAAGUUAGUCGUGCAAGCGAUUUGGGGUCCAACGAUCAAACCUUUUAUGUGAGAACCCACUUGGGUGCUAUCUUGCAUCCUGGCGAUUCAUGUCUUGGAUACUAUUUGACUAAUUCGAAUUUGAAUUCAGAGCUUUGGGACACUUUAGACACUGAUAAUACGCCGGAGGUUGUUAUCGUCAAGAAACAUUACCCAAGAAAAUCGAAGAAGGCAAAGAACAGAAAGUGGAAGUUGAAGAGAAUGGCCAAGGAGCACAAUGACAUAGUUGCAAACGACGAUUCGAGACAGGCAAGACAAGAGCAAGAAAAGGCAGAGAGGGACUACGAGUUGUUCUUGCAAGAGUUGGAGGAAGAUGAAGAGUUGAGACAAACGAUUAAUAUGUACAGAGCAGGUGAAGAACAGCCACAAAAGGAAGACGAUGAUAUUGAUGAGGAUGAGGAGGAUGCUCCAAGAAUUGCCAUUGACGAGUUGCUUGACGAGCUUGAUGACAUGACCUUGCAAGAUACCCCAAUGAAUGAGUAG